GACAGUUCAAUAUAUUGACGUGUGAUUUUUGUAGUAUUGGACCAAUGGACUGAGAUUGGAUUGGGCUUACAAAUUAUAACAUUAAAAAGUAAUUAUUUAUUAAAUGAGAUGCACAAAAUGAAUAUCAAACCUGAUUUAAGCAGCAUCGAUAGCUAUCAAAAAUUAUUCUCUAAGAUAGAUAACCCUGACGUGGUUUUUCAAAAUUUUGUAAAGAAGUUGGCCAAGUACCACUUUCAAGUCAAAGCUACAAUCCAGGAUAUUUUAGAAUGUAGAGAAUCCAUGGAAGCGUUGAGUGAGCUCAAUGAAAAGGGUCGAGCAAAGAUAAAUCUGUUAAGAGAUGAAAUAGAGAAUAUGGAAUUAUAUGGGAAGGAGGCUUCCGAUGAAAAAUAUGCUGCGGAACUAGUUUCUCAGAGGCAACAAUUGGCUAUCCUUCUAAAAGAGUUCAAAGAUGCGAACAUCUCUAGCAUGUUUGCGAUAGAGAAGGCUCAGCGGGAGGAACUGCUCAAGCCACCAGAAGGAGAUGAAUCGGCUCUCAGAAACAGAAAGAAAAAAGUUGACCGUGAUGCAUUGCUUGAAAAAUCUUCAGGAGUGACAGAACAGCUGCUACAAAUCAGCAGACAGUUAGCUGACACUACACAGAGGAGUCAGAAUACACUAGACAGUUUAGUUUCAUCCAGUUCUACUGUGCAUGGAACACAAUCAGAGCUCCAGAACACGGCAGGAUCUAUAUCAGAAUCCAGCAAACUGUUGAAGAAGUACGGUCGCCGGGAGUUCACAGACAAACUCAUAAUGUUCUUUGCAUUCCUAUUUUUCCUGGCUGUGUGUCUUUACAUCGUUCAGAAGAGACUGUUUUAGUUUAAAUAUUGAAUGACUUAAUUUGAUACUAUACUUUUAUAGACAAAUUAUCGAUUAUUUCUGUACAAUCCAAUAUACUAAACUUGUUGUGUUAUUAGUCACAUCACAUAGUUAAAUUUUGGUUAUUUUAUGCCUAUUUACCUUAAGGGGAUAUGUAGCCACUUUUUUCCGUUUAGCUGACGAAAUCAAAAGUAAGUAAGUAGUAUAAAACUGCAUAUAUCACUUACAUAGAUUAAAAAUGCAGAAUAAAUAAUAAUAUUCGUUCUUAAAAACUUGGGUUAAUACAUAAAUACAUAUAUUAUAUCAGGGUGAACAGGCACCUUCUGGGCGAACUCGCACCAUCGUAGGUCUCGUUUUCGCUUCGACUAGUCUGUGGUCAUGAGUAGGCCCGUUCAUUGUAAAAAAAAUAUCCUAACGUUAGUUAUUGUUUUAUUUGUCUAUGACUGUAUGGAUCCCGACGUGCGACUGUAUCUUUGAAAAUAUUUUUUGUGUGCUCAUGUAUUUUCCAGCAUUUGUUGAAUUAUUUAUUAUGUAUGAUGGACUGCUAUUUUAAUUUGUAAUGAUUAUUAUGCCUAAGUUUUGCAAUUUAUUUGUAAAUAUUUUGUAAAUAUAGGUCAUUUAAAUACAGUACGUUUUAAAGGA